GACAGGGUUGUCGUCCAGCGAUAACACUGGCUUGUUUUUGACGAGUCAUUUUCUCGUCUCCGCCGCAAAUUGAAACAAAAAGAACACAAACUCACUGCGAUACGCAAGAAAUGCCGUACAACAUGGACGUACUGAUGCCGGAGAAGGAUGAGCUCUCCGAUUUGAAACUGAAGGAUGCCCACAGCUCCCUCGAUGAACUGGACAUCGAUGAUCUGUAUGUGCGGUACAAGAAACUGCAAAAAACCCUGGAAUUCAUCGAGGUGCAGGAGGAGUACAUCAAGGAUGAGCAGAGGAACCUGAAGAAGGAGUAUUUGCAUGCCCAGGAGGAGGUGAAACGCAUCCAGUCGGUGCCGCUGGUAAUCGGCCAGUUCCUGGAAGCCGUCGAUCAGAACACUGGCAUCGUCGGCUCCACCACAGGCAGCAAUUAUUACGUUCGCAUCUUGUCCACCAUCGAUCGGGAGCUUCUGAAGCCCUCGGCCUCGGUGGCACUGCACAAGCACAGUAACGCCUUGGUCGAUGUAUUGCCACCAGAGGCGGACAGCUCCAUAUCGAUGCUGCAGCCGGACGAGAAGCCGGACGUCAGCUAUGCCGACAUCGGUGGUAUGGACAUGCAGAAGCAGGAAAUCCGCGAGGCAGUCGAGCUGCCCCUGACCCACUUUGAGCUCUACAAGCAGAUCGGUAUCGACCCGCCGCGCGGUGUCCUCAUGUACGGUCCCCCCGGAUGCGGCAAGACUAUGCUGGCCAAGGCUGUGGCCCAUCACACCACUGCCUCGUUCAUCCGCGUAGUGGGAUCCGAGUUUGUCCAGAAAUACCUCGGCGAGGGUCCGCGCAUGGUGCGCGACGUCUUCCGCCUGGCCAAGGAGAACGCGCCGGCCAUCAUCUUCAUUGACGAGAUCGAUGCCAUUGCCACGAAGCGUUUCGACGCCCAGACCGGUGCCGAUCGUGAGGUGCAGCGUAUCCUCUUGGAGCUACUCAACCAGAUGGACGGCUUCGAUCAGACCACCAACGUCAAGGUGAUCAUGGCCACCAAUCGUGCCGACACCCUGGAUCCAGCUCUGUUGCGUCCCGGCCGUCUGGAUCGUAAGAUUGAAUUCCCACUGCCCGAUCGUCGCCAGAAGCGACUGGUCUUCUCCACGAUCACCUCGAAGAUGAACCUCAGCGAGGAUGUGGAUCUGGAGGAGUUUGUGGCGCGACCGGACAAGAUAUCCGGCGCUGAUAUCAAUGCCAUCUGCCAGGAGGCCGGUAUGCAUGCUGUACGUGAGAAUCGUUAUAUUGUACUGGCCAAGGACUUUGAGAAGGGCUACAAGAACAACAUCAAGAAGGACGAGCAGGAGCACGAGUUCUACAAAUAGAUUAAGCCUGAAAGUUAACCCCAACCCCAUUUCCCAAUACCCCCUCAAAAAUCGCCCCCUUUGUAUACCUAAAGUUAUAAAAAUUUAAUAAAAUCACUCGCAUUUCCAUGUCUGUGAGAAAGUA